UUACCCGAGGAUUUUACCCGCAAGAUUCAACGAUCCUCUCACAUUUUCAGUUUCCCUUUGAAUACACACGCAACUAUUAAAAAAACAGUGUUUAUUGAAUCUACAACGUGUUUUAAAGUUGAGGGUAAAUCUGUGUUUCUGUCGCCGCAGCCGCAGCCACCGGCACCAGACUCCAUUCAGAUUCUGCCAGUUUUACGUUGCUUCGCUCACCCACAAGUGUACACACGUGAUCGGUGCAGAUAGAAUAUAUUUCACACAAUAUCUUCUUCAACUCUUCAGUCCGGCUUGGUCAUUGCACAUCAGUCAGCGCGUUUUCAAAUGAAACCCCUGUUGUUAAAGUGAACCUCUCGCUCCUCUCACCGCCUCCUGCAAAGUUUGAAAAUGAUAGUAGAUCACGUGACGAUUUGUUAGACUUAAACUGUUUUCAAAAGGUCACCCACCUCACAGCUACUCGUGUGCUUUGCUAUUAUUUAUGUUUAUUCAAUCCUUUCUUUUGAUACUAGUUAAAUAUUAUAUAAUUUUUCAACUGCUGUCUUCUAUUUGAGAUUUUUUAUUGUGUGACUUGCUAUCUUUCAUUUAUCAUUAUUCUCACAAUUUCAUGUGUGGAUUUACAGCGCCUCUUGCAGUUAUCACUCCAGAUUUUGGACUCAGAGCGCCCCCUUGUGGCACAAUCAAAUGUAUGCGAAGAGCGAAGUGGAGGCUUUUUGUCUCCGCGGGCCCCCGUACUUUUUGUGGAACACUAGAUUAGCUUGCUAUCUGUUGUGCCGACUGUAUUUUUAGUUUGUAGCUUAGCGCCGCCGCACCUGCAGACGUCUGUGCCGCAGCUUUUACUUUCACUUGCUCCCAUCGGACAAUCAGACGCCAUUCGUCCAAACCAAGCCGCAGAACACUGAGGACAGGUGGCGUGGCGUCUCGUUACAGCGACCCGUCGGAGCUCAGCUAAUUAGCUAGCGGGCAGUGUGCUAACCCCGCGGCGGCUCGCAGGACCAUGGCGUACAGGAAAACUUUCCAGCUCAUCUGCGGGGUCGCCGGAGGCUCCGCCGUGCUGGUGUUCGCGGCCGCGGCUGCCGACUCCCGCGGGUACUUCGGGGGGCAGCGCGGGGAGGCGGCGGCCAGCCGGUGGUCCCAACUGACGGUGCUCCGAGCUGCGCAGCCGGCGUGGACCCCCGCCAGCCACACGGCCCCGACCGGACACGCCUGGGAUGUCAACUGGGACAAGAGAGACCCAGCUUUACUGUCCAACGGGAAGAAGAAGGAGAGUGUAACCGAGGACCCCAGCUCCGAGCAGGACAACGGCAAACCCAAAGCUACACGCAACAUCCUCCUCAUCAGGCACUCCCAGUACAACCUGAGUGGAAACUGCGACAAGGAGAGGAUCCUCACUCCACUAGGUCGUGAACAGGCGGAGCUGACGGGCCAGAGGUUGGCCGCUCUGGGACUGAAGUACGAUGUCCUGGUUCACUCCAGCAUGGCCCGGGCCACAGAGACAGCAAACAUCAUCAGCAAACACCUCUCAGGAGUGGAGCUGGUGAGGUGCGACCUGCUGAGGGAGGGCGCACCUAUUGAGCCGGUUCCACCCGUCACUCACUGGAAACCUGACGCUGUGCAGUACCAUGAAGACGGGGCUCGCAUCGAGGCAGCCUUCCGCCGCUACAUCCACCGGGCUGACCCCAAGCAGAAGGAGGACAGCUAUGAGAUCAUCGUGUGUCAUGCCAAUGUCAUCCGUUAUUUUGUGUGCAGGGCCCUGCAGUUUCCUCCUGAGGGCUGGCUACGCAUGGGUUUGAACAACGGCAGCAUCACAUGGCUCACCAUCCGACCCAGCGGCAGGGUGGCCCUCAGAACUCUGGGAGACGCCGGGUUCAUGCCCCCAGACAAACUAACGCGGACCUGAUGACUCCCCCCCCCACACACACUCGCCGCAAAGUUUCUGGGACUCAAAUCGGCCGCAGGGUCAUUUUCUCCUUAAGUGUCUUGAAACAUACUUUUGAUGUUAUUUUGUAUUUGAACGACCAUCUUAUAAGGAGAGAUUGGUGUUGUGGUUACUUCAGUGCCAUAGGAUACCAGAAGUGGUUAACAGCUGCAUAGCAACUCCUCCUGAAUGUAACUGAGGAUUUUUACACGAGUGAUUGAUUUUUAAAACCAAAAAAGAAAUUGAAAGUUGUAUUUGUAUAGCUGUUGUAAACACAAAUCGUGCUGUUAGCUUUACUUGUCAUUACAGUUUACUGAAGUGAGGAUUGUGUUGUAAGGUGCAGCUGAAGUAAAUAAAAAUAUAAAUUGAA